AUGUGUCGUGCAUCACGAAUCACCACAAUCUCCGCACUAGGGAUGUACCUCAUUCGGUCCACUUUCGCUCUAAUCUGCCCGAUUCCGUCCAGUGGAGGUGUACCGGUUCGCAACAAAACCUGUCCCGAUUUCAAGGCUGACCCAUCGUUUAUCUAUUGUUGCACAUCGAAACUACCUCCAACUAGCGGUAUUUACAGAGAGAAACACGGGGUUUUUUGUUGUUCUUUAGCGGAUUUUGAGAAGGAACGACAGGAAAUCGCCGACGAAGAGUUCCAUAAUUUUAUUAAACAGUAUUUGGCGGUGAUCAUCAUCUGUUCAUUGUUGGCAAUCGGUCUUACGCUCACGGCCACUUCGUUGCUAUGUAAACGGAUGAGGAAAUGUCCGUUGUAUAGGGAUAAUUCUAUGCUCACUCACUCAGUGCAGGCAGCGACGAUGUACCGACCGGUUGACACGAUACCGCCGAAGGUUUAUGAGGCACCACCACCGUACGAAUGUUUCGUGCCGCCGCCACCGGAUCAAGCCCGGAACGAUUGGAAUUGUAUAGUUGAGAACGAAGUGAACGGUUCCCGGAAUUUAGCACCAUUCACGUGA